AUGGACAAUCACCCUGCUAGGGGCCCCGAAAGUCGUUCACUCACGAGGGAGAUCUGCGUCUCUCAGUAUAUGCUCGUGAGCGACGUCCCAUCACUCGACCCCCAUCAAGAACAACGCUGGAGACGGGACAAUUUCGAGGUCGACGACAUACCGUGUACUGUGGAUCUCAUCGAGGGACCUCAGCGGAAAAGAGAGCUUCUGGCAUAUUUUCCGACGAGUGAACAUGAAUAUUAUCCGUACUGGAUCGCUCGCGAUACCCAAGCAUAUAUAUUCGUAUACUCAAUCACCGAUCCAGACUCCCUACGACGCAUACACACCUUCUGGGAUCUCAUCGCCCGCGAACCCUCCAAACCGCCCAACCUCGUCCUCCUCCUCCUCGGCAACAAAGCAGACCUAGCCAUCCACCCUCCCCACGCCCUGGACGUUCCAGGCGCUUCAGCCCAAGUCUCAUUGACCCAAGGCGGGGCGAAAUCGCAAGAGCUUGGUGGGUCGAGGUCGAGUUGUCAGUUUAUGGGCCAUAUAUCGGCGAAGGAUUCGGUGGAUGUGGAUGAGUCGGUGGCGAAGGUGGUGAGGAAACUUAGGUGGGUGAGGGAGAAGGAUUGGGCGAAGGCGAGUAGGAAGAAGCUUAUGGAGGAUUGGCAGCAGAAGAGGGAGAAGGAGGAGGAAGUUGUUGUGAGGAAGUCAGAGUGGAGGUGUUGUUUGAUUAUGUGA